CGUCGUGUCCCUCACUUACGGCAGUACCUCAAUCUGACAGCGCCCAAUCACAUCUUCAUUCUUAGAGUCAAGUAAAUAAUUAUUAUAGUAAUGUUUAACACCAGUAAAAAUUAUCAUGAUCUGGACAUUACGAAGUUGUUCGAGAAGCACACGAUCAGGGAGAUCGAGCAGGUUCAGAAGAAGAUAUUCGUGGAAAUGGACUGGAAAAAAGUGGAGCUGAGGACACUUGUUGGAGAGAGAUAUCGAGAUUUAAUCCAAGCAGCCGACACAAUAGCCGAGAUGAAGAGGACCUCUGAGGAAGUAACUCAGAGACUCGCAGGGAUUGAGGAUAGAUUUUGUCAGCUACAGCAGAAGUACCUGAUCGGUUUUAAACUUGAUCCACCUGAAGAACUGACGAACACAGUGAAAACUGACGUGUCAGAUUCAGUGGUUGUACAGAUCAAGAUCCUGAUGGACAUCCCCGAGCACAUCUGGUCGGCCAUUGAUGACAGGGAUAUCCUGGGAGCCAGUCAAUUAUUCAUUUUGGGGCAGCACAUCAAUUACAGUCUCAUUUUUGAGAUCGGACAGUCUGUUUUGAAUGAAAGAUACCCACUUGUCGCAAAACAAUGGUGCAUUAUUAAUAAUUUCAGGAGUGUUAUCUCUUGCGAGUGUUACAAGAUACUUCAGUCUCUCGAUUUAACUCCUGAGAUAGCUGCUAACUGUUUGUCCUCUAUGGUCCUGAUGGACAAAUCAAGCGCGAAGGAUCUCAUUAAAAAAUUAAUCCAAUUCAGAAGUAAGGCUAUGGAGUCCAUAAUUAAUGAUGAGAGCCCGCGAAAUGUCAGACACAGGAUUAAAAUGUGUGUAAAACUUCUGAUGGAUACUGUUGCUCUCAUCCAUUCCUGUUUUAUAAAAUCCAACAACCAUGAUCACGGUCUCAUCUCCCAUCAUGUAAAAUCGAUUUCCGAUCAAGAAGCCUCCUCUAUUCUCUCUCAGUUGGACCUGAACCCCCAGCUCUUGGAUAAAUACCUUCCGUCAGUGACGAAACAUCACAAGCCCUUCGUAAAAGGCGAAUUCCACGAGCUUUCUCCCUUGGAUCUCAUGAAAAAAUUGCACGACUGGUUUGCCUGGGUUCACAAGUUCGUCUCUGACUCGAUAAAACAGCUCCUGAACCUCGUCACUUCGGUCAAGGGGAUCUUCAAUAUUCGGGAGGAGUCGAUAUCCCUGGAGAUUCCUGAGAACUGGACGAAUAUCUGGCAGGAUCUGUCGACAUCUCCCAUCAACUUCUGGAUGGAAUUCUUUCAGCCGUUACUCACGGAUCGCGUCAAGGAGAUUAUUAAAAUUCGGUCGGAUGAGGCUUUGAGUGAUCUGAAAAUCAGCGUCAUGGAGUUUCUGUCAAAACUGCCGAACGAGAAUUUCAGUUUUCCUGAAGAUGAUCUCAGAUGGUUUAUCUGGAAGGACUCUCCCCUGGACAUGCCUCAAAAGCUCUCAAAGUCCAGUUCCACAGACGUGAAGCGAUCUCUGCUGAUGAAGGCCAGGGGCUACUCAACGAACCUGGUGACCCUCUGCGAAAACCUCGACAAGAGUCUGCACAAUCUCCUCUGCGACCUGGAGCAGUACCUCUACGAAUCCGAGAACAUCGGCUCACUCCCUUCUGAUCUCCUCACGCUGACGUUGUCGUCAGUAUUCGAUAAAUUCUGGGACAGAACAGCCAUUCAAGAACACCUCCAGCUAGUGAGUGGGGUAAUGGUAGAGAAAAUAAUCGAAUUCAUAAGGUUCGAUUGCACGAACGAUACUCCAAAGGGUGGAAAGAGGGAUUUCAAUGCCAUUGUCAUGGCGAGAUUUCUUCAGGCGAUGACAACCAUCUGCCCCAGCUUGAAUAAAUGCUUCACACUUUCGAAAAUAUCAGGACUGACAAUUACAAAUGUAAAGUGGCAGAAUGUGUGCGAUAAGCUCAGGGAGGAGACUGUCAACAUCUGGCUGAUCUGGAUUAACUGCUACAGGGAGAAGCUCAUGUCGCACUCCAGCCGUUUUCUGACUUCUGAACCUGUUGAUGGACUCAGGAUCAGGACAAUUGUGUCUGAGUGGGAGAGGGUCACAAUUGAGGAAGAAGGUGAGGAGGGGAGGAGAAUCAAGUCAGAGAUUUUGGUGCCUUAUCAGCCGUCAGUAUCGGUGCAGAAAUUUCUGGCAGCAGUCACCAAGGAUUUGAACAAGGUGAUUCCUCAGACAAUUCCCAAGAAGGUGAUGAACGAAUUCAGUUGCAAUGUCGUAGAAGCGCUGUUAGGGCACUACGAGGGGGUUCUCCGAGGAAACUUGAAGCAGAAACAGGCCUUUCAAGUUCUCCUCGAUAUCAAGUACGUGACGAUGCUGCUGGUACCCAGGGAGAAUAAGGAAGUCGUAGAUAGGUCCCAGGAGAUCUGCAAUGGUAUUCUCUCGCGGAUCGAUCCCUUUGAUUCCGACGUUUUUUAUCCAUUUAUUCAUAUCAAUGUCAAGAAGAGUGUGCAGAGAACUUUGUUAAUAUUCGGAAAUCUAGUGCCCCACAUGGAACAAUUGCACUCAGUGUUGGGUGCCCGUGGAGAACUAGUUGAUACUGGAAAAUCAAUGGCAGAUCCUCCAGGGGUGCUCGCCAUUUGCACUGGCUCUCCCUGGUUUCCACCACUGGCAGUAACAGUGCCUCCCAGAAAUUUGCCACUUAUUCCCGUCAUUAUUCCAGAUAAAAUACAGCGAAAAAAAACAUUAGCGAAGGAGCAAACGAGAAACGAUUUGACUGGCUCGACAAUUAAAUCAGGUGCAGCAGCCUUCUUUGGAGCCAUGGGGAGUGACUGGUUCGGCUCAAAUUAAUCUCGACCAUUUGUUAUCCAAUUUUUAUAUUUUAUUAUGAUUGUAAAUAAAUGCAGAGUCAUUGCAGUUA